AGCGGGGAGACUGUGCGCUCGAGCAGCAGGAGAAGGCAGCGCGCGGCAGGAGUCGGUGUCCCGCCGUCUGAACCGUCCGCUGCUCCGCCUCGCGCGCUCUCGGCUCUCGACCCGCGGUGAACGGAAAGCGGAGGAACGGGCAAACAUGGCGACGUUGGGACCGGAGUCGGCUCGCCCGCUCUCCCAGCUCGGCUCUCCGUCGAUCCCGAGUCACAUCAGCGGCAAUAACCUGCCUCCUAACCGGGGCUUGGAGCGAGCUCUGGAGGAGGCGGCGGCCAGCGGCGCCCUCAACCUCAGCGCCCGGAAACUGAAGGAGUUUCCCCGGACAGCCGCCAACCACGACCUGGCCGACACGGUGGAGGCAGAUCUGUCCAAGAACCGGCUGACCGACGUGCCCACGGAGGUCUGCCAGCUGGUCGCCCUGGAAACGCUCAACCUGUAUCACAACUGCAUCAGGACCAUCCCAGACAGCAUCAUCAGCCUGCAGUCGCUCACCUCGCUCAACCUCAGUCGUAACCAGCUGGGCUCGCUGCCCGCCUGCCUGUGUGGUUUACCGCUGCGAGUCCUGAACGCCAGCAACAACAAGCUGGUCAGCCUGCCGGAGACCAUCGGACAGCUGCACGGCCUCAUGGAGCUGGACAUCAGCUGCAACGAGAUCACGGCUCUGCCUCGCCACAUCGGCCGACUGAAGGCCCUGCGAGAACUGAACGUACGCCGCAACCUGCUCUGCGUCCUGCCAGAAGACCUGGCUGAGCUGCCUCUGGUGAAGUUUGACUUCUCCUGCAACAAGGUGUCGACCAUCCCAGUUUGUUACAGGAAGAUGACGCAUCUCCAGUCCCUGCAACUGGAAAACAACCCUCUGCAGAGCCCCCCCGCACAGAUCUGCAUAAAGGGUAAAGUUCACAUAUUCAAGUACCUGAGCAUGGAGGCGUGUCGCAGCGAGAAGAUGUCCGACUCGCUCUACCUGCCCGUCAUCGAGCGGCUCCGGCCCACCACCGGCAGAGAGAAAUGCCUUUCAUCUGUUAUCUGUCAGAGGAACAUUUUCAGGAGUCACACUGGGUUCCUUGUUCCAUGUUUUCUUGUUCUCUCUUUCGUUCUUUCACAUUCGUUCUCUGCGUUCAUGGUCGAUGUUUCCUCCAUUUCAGCAGACCCAGCUUCUGACUCCGUACGUCUGAUUGAGGAGAGCCCUACGGAAGCCCUGAAGGACCAGUUCAGCUACAGAGACUCUGCUCUCAGCACUCGCUUCGUCAACUACAUCAAGGGUCGGACAGCAGCAGACUUUGACGAACCCCUCAGGAUAGAGGAAGACUCACACUGGCCAACAGAACAGACGUCAAAGGUCACAGGGGCCACAGAGCUCCAUAUUGACAUGAUCAACCAGCUGAAGGAAGCUGUGGAGCUGCUGCAGGACCCCAACAGAGUGAGCAUGGAGCAGGAGGAUCUGUCUGGAGUCCAGCUCUACCCUGUCGAGAUGGUCAUGGUGGACGAGUCGCUCAAUGGACAGGAGAGUGAUGACGGCUCCACUACACCCAAGCAGCACAUGGCGGAAGGUGGCUAUGAGUUCCAGAAGAAGAGACAGAUGAUACUAGAGAAGGCCAGGUUUGAGGCCCAGCUUGCAUGCCAGCAGUAUGAAUGGCAUAUGUCAAUCAAGGGAGAUGACAGAUCUCCAGCUGGUGGUCCGCUGUCGUUUACCAGCCCACCGUUUGGACUGAAGCCCCGUUCAGCCCCGCCCUCGCUGCCCUGCUCGCCCCCUCCUUCCUGUCUCCGCCCCCCCUUCCUCUCACAGGCCCUGCCCCUUCAUAGAGACACACCCCGUAGCCAUGACGACGGAGGCAUGCAGAGUCGCGUGUUCCUGCGCAGCCACAAGAGCCUGGAGUCGGUGGAUCCUCAGUUCACCAUGAGGAGGAAGAUGGAGCAGCUGAGGGAGGAGCUGGAGCUGAUGGAGCAACUCCGAGACAGCAUCGAGAGCAGGCUGAAGGUCGUGCUCCCUGAAGACCUCGGCUCAUCGCUGAUGGACGGCGUGGUGCUCUGCCAUCUGGCCAAUCACAUUCGCCCGCGCUCCGUCGCCAGCAUCCACGUCCCCUCGCCCGCCGUGCCUAAACUGAGCAUGGCCAAGUGUCGGAGGAACGUGGAGAACUUCCUGGACGCCUGCAGGAAGAUGGGCGUCCCAGAGUCCUCUCUCUGUUCGCCGUAUGACAUCAUCCAGUGCCGCCUGCGGCCGGUUCGCACCACGGUGCGGGCACUGGUUGCCUUGGAAACGACCCCUCCAGACAGAAGGCAGCUACAGGAAGCGAGCCGCACUCCAAGCCCCGCCUCCGGGGUGUCAGACACUCCUUUUUUGGUCACGGCCACGACUCAAACCCCGCCUCCGGCCUGGCAGAUCUGGGACCUGAUCAGCUCGAGCCUGGUGCACAUCCUCUGCCUGCUGCUGCUCUUCGUGGCCUACAGCUGGAGCGAGCUGACGUAACUGUGGCGACAGCGGCCUGUCAGUCACCUGACAGCCCCGCCCCCUUCCUGCCUAGGCUCCUCCUUCCUAUUGCUCCCAUGCUGCAUUCAAGUCACAUCGGAAUAACUGUGUUCAAAGUUAAAAACAGCGACUUGGAAGUGUUGCCAUGUUUGAAUUUGUGUGAAGCCGCGGCUGAAACUGCAGGCUUUUAUUUUGGCAGAUAGAAACCUGUUAGUCAUGAACACACACACACGCAGAGUGUGUGCGCAGAGUGAGUGACACAUUUAGGUUUGUGUUUUACCCCGAAACAACUCCAGAAACUACAGCGGUGCCUUGAAGUUUGUGGACCCUUAAGAAUUUGAUCUAUUUCUGCAUAAAUUUGACCUAAAAUAUGAGCAGAUUCUUGCACAUAAGUCCUAAACCUAGCUAAAGGAAACGAAUUCAACAAAUGACACAAACACUCAAAACAUAUUCAUGUAUUUAUUGAGGGAAAUGAUGCAAUCAUACAUAUUUGCAUGCAAACCUCUGCACUGCUGGAGUCAGCUGCCUCAGUGAAGGUGGUGUUACUGGAGGUGUGUGUCGUGUGUGUGUCGUGUGUGUGUGUC